GUAAUAUUAAACAAACACAAGAUAAGUAAUCAAAUCGCAAGUAAGAGAUAAAGCAGAAGCAGUACCCAAUUGAUGUGAUUAAAGUGUAUCAGUGUGAAUCGAGUGUUCGAGGCGAUAGCGUUCUCGGGGUUGGGGUACUCGCGAUAAAAGUGUACAAGUAGUAGAAGAUCGGUUUUUUCGAGGGGUAACUUGAGCCGAUUGUCACGGAUAGCGGAACAGUAAAUCAGGUGGCGCCAUCUGGUCAGGGACCAGGAGGCUGGUGCUACUUGUCAGCGUAGGAACCACUACAGGUGUGUCUCCGGUCAUGCAUUCCUGAACACAGAAACGCGACGUCAGGAAAGGGGCUCCGGGACGACGACGACGACGACGAACGUCACGGAACGGGCAACAACGGGUUACGGGUAACAGAACAUCGAAAUCGCGAAUCGGGGACUGAACCACACUGAACAGUCCGGUGUCCCCACAGUCCACGGUCAGUCUACGGAGAGUUAACUACCGACCAACAAGUAACUAAAAAAGAAUUAAUAAAACAAAACAGACACAAAAAAAAGAAAAAAAAAACAAAUUUUUUUUUUAAUUAACCAAUAAAAAUAAAUAAAAAACCGGACGAUUCCGGACGCGUCCGGCGUCGUCGUUUUCUAAAGUGAAGAAGAAAAUCUGUUGUGCGGAGGUGGGUGUCGGGAGAUUUUUCUUAUUAUUUUUUCUUAAAAAGAUAAGUGUCGGAAGAUAUGGCCCUAAAUCCGGAUGAGUCGGGUAAACAGGUGGUAAGAGUUGAUCAAGACUCCGAAACGGACCUGCAGGCUCUUUUCGAUACCGUGUUGAAGCCGGAUUCAAAACGUCCCCUUCAAGUGCCGUGGAGUAUGCGGAAGUUGCCCGAUUCGUUUUUCAACCCGCCAUCGACCGGUUCGAAAUCGAUCAACCAUUCGCGCGAGAACUCCGUUGAUUCGGCAUUCGGAUCAACCACUGGUACAAAUUCUUCAGCUACGUCAACGGGUGCAACAAUUAACCCUGUACAACCAGUUCAUCAUAGGGCGCAUAGUUCUCCAGCGUCCCUUCAACAAACAUACGCUGUCGGACAGCAACAGCAACAGCCGGCCCCGGCCCAUCACCACAUCAAACAAAGGUCCUAUGACGUUGCCACUAAGACAGAAGAUGCGACCCCGUUGCCCCCCGGUUGGGAACAGGCUCGUACGCCGGAAGGUCAGGUUUAUUAUCUAAAUCAUAUCACGCGCACGACGACAUGGGAAGACCCAAGGAAGACCCUGGCCACUCAGGCAGCCGCACAACAACACCAAAGCGCCGAGCAACUGUUGACAACGCAUCAAGUAACAUCUCCAACGCAAACAAACAGUACAGGUGUAAAUGGAAGUUCGGACGUAGAAUUAGGACCAUUGCCGGAAGGAUGGGAACAAGCACAGACGUCAGAAGGUGAAAUAUAUUUUAUAAACCAUCAAACGCGCACAACGUCAUGGUUCGACCCAAGAAUACCCCAACACGUGCAACGUUCGCAAGUGCUCGGAAAUCAAUGGGUACAAGGUCCAGUUUCUCCCCAAUCCCGAUGCGACAAACAAUCAAAAUUGCGUUUGCAACUACUCCAAAUGGAACGUGAACGUUUGAAACAACGGCAGCAGGAAAUACGAAGGCAGCAAGAGUUGAUGAUGCGAGGAAGCAGUACCGAAUUGCAAAUGGACCCGUUCUUAUCCAGUUUUACCGAACAUACUCGUCAGGAAUCGGCCGAUAGCGGACUGGGUAUGGGAACGACCCUCUCGAUGCCGCAGACACCCGAAGACUUUCUUGAGAACAUCGAUGAUAACAUGGAGGUGAGCAGCGACAGUCACACGAUGGAUACACCGGAUAUUUCUCUCAGCGAGAACAUCGAUUCAACAGACGACCUCGUGCCCUCGUUGCAUCUUGGCGAGGAGUUUCCGAACAUAGAGGACGUCCAAUCGUUGAUAAGGCCUGAAAAUCUUAUUUGGUUGUAAAACUUUAUUUUUUUUAUAUUCUUUCGCGUCCUCUCCCGUCGCUAUAUUUCCGUCGAUCAACUCUUCUUCUCAUUAAUUUUUUUUCUAAGAGCUUUUUAUUUUUCUCUUUUUUAUUUUCUAUUUUCGACGCAUGAUACAUAUUGGAAACUCGUACACGGUAAGUUUACUACAUUUUAUUUCUACGGAAAUGACGAUAUAUUUUUUAUUUUGAUACCUUUUAUUCAUUAUUUUUUUAGCGAAAAUAUAUCGCCCUUUCUUUUAUAAUUUAAUAACUUAAAUAAGAAAAAAAUAUAUGUAUAUACAGGUUGGAGGAAAGUCUAAGAAACAUUCAAUUAUUUCAAAAAAAUCCUUUGUUAUCUAUACUCUAAUAUUAUCUCUUAGGUUUUAAGGUUUAAAUUAUCUUUAAGUUUUAAGUUUGCUAAAUUAACUGGGAUUUUUUCCGGUUAAUUUAGAACCCAAAACAAACCUUUAAAUCACUUUUACUUAUACAUUAAAACAAUCAAAUGAUCUCCACUGUUCAAAAAAUUUUUUUAGAUGUAAAUAUUGAGAAUAUAUUUAUACAAAAAAAAUUUUAUUUUUUUUAUAUUUUACAAAAUUGAAGCGAAGUUGUAAAUAUUUGUUAAAAAGAAAUUAUUAUUUUGCGGCAUAAAUCUGCCUUUUAAUAAUGUGAUAGUAAUAUAAUGAAAAUCAAACGAGUACAAAAAUUAUUCAAGAUCACAAAGAUUGUUGAUAUGUAUAAAAUGGUUAUUCUCAAGAAAUUAUUUUUAUUCUUAUCAAGGUACAAAAAUUAAUUACUAAAAUUGUUUGAACUGAUUGAGUGUUUCUUUACUCUGCUACAUCUUCGUAUGUAAAUAUUUGUUGAGAUUAUUAUUUAGAAAAAUUCAUUGUAAGUGACCAAUCAAAGUUGCAAUCAUAAGCAAUCAAAAUAUAUUUAAAAAAACGAAACGGUAAAGUAAUACGCUUCUAAAAAUGCAAUAAUAAUUAAUAAUCGAUUUAUACACGAUGUUAACAAAUAAUUGUUAAAGUUCUAUAUUCAUAUAAAAAUACGUCGCGACAUACAUAUUUAUGGAAACGUUAUUUUUUAAUGUUGGGUAUGUUUAUCAUACAUUUUAUAGUUUGUAACUUUUUAUCUUAGUUGUUGUAGUAUAUAAAAUUAAUCGAGAUUUAGAAGCUCCAAUCAAAACGAAAACGAAAAAAAAUCAAAAAAUUAUUUUUUCUCGUAAUUUAUUUUCUUAUUUUUUUGUCCCGUUUAAAAAAAGAAUAAUAGCUAUUAAAUGAAUAUGCCGAGCCUCUUCGUUCUGUGAUUAGACGGAAUAUAAAACCUUUUUUGAAAAAUCGCAAUAAUGCCGAAUUAAAAAAGAAAGAAAUAUUGAGUAUUAUAAAUAUAUGUAUACACAUUUAUAAUUAUAUAUUUACAUGUUAGUAGUUGAGCGUAUACGGUUUUCGUAUACGUUUUUUUAGCUGUUUUUUUCAUUUUCUCAUUUUACAUUUGUUUUUCUUUUGUAAGUUAUUCAACGGCACGCCCUUCUCCUGAUAGGAAAAGACGCGCGGCUGUUACGAAAAUGAAUCAAAAUUAACUUUUAAAAAGUUUUUUAUAAUAACGUACACACUUUUUGAAAAAAACACUGUCGUUUAUGCUCACAACGUAUAACAAAUCCAUCCAUAUGAGGUGCCUUUACAUUUUUGUAAAUAUAUUGGACAAUAUAUUUUGUAAUCGUUAGCGUUAACUAAUAAUAUACAUUUAUUAAAAAAUGAAUUAACAUUAGGAGUGCCUUCAACACUUAAAAAAAUAAUUUAAAAAAUCUUUACAGUAGAUUUUAUGUAGUACUAAGCAAGUUUGACAGCAAUGAUAUUUUUACCAUAAUUUUUUUUAUAUAAAUAUAUAUAUAUUGUGUAAAUUGCAUCACCGUCGUGUUAUGGUUAUGCAAUUUUUUUUAUAUAUAUGUUUUUAUGUUUGGAACAAUUAUAGGCAGUGAACAAUAAUAAUAAUUAUUAUAUUAAAAAAAUUAAAUGCUGAAGCGAUACAAAACUUCUUUCUAAACCGAACCACUUUCAAUAAAAAAAAUUUUGUUCGGUUCGAUUUAGCGAGUGAGGUCUAAACGCGUUUUUUUUUCUUUUUUACGAUAUAAAUUGUUCUUUAUAGUUAACAAUUAAUCGGAUCAAACGAGACGGUUGUUCUAAUUUUUUUUUCUCUGUAUAUUCAUAUUACAUAUACUUGUGGUGAACUAUAUCCGUGUUUGUAAUGUGCAGUAUCUUUUUAGGGCCUUACUUGUAUUAUAUUAUACAUCUGAUUUUAUUAUGUACAUUUUGAUAAGUUAACAUUUUACUCAUCUAAUUUUAUUUUAUUUUUUGUUUUGAUUUAUUAUUUUUUUUUUCGUCUGCAGCUUAGCAAUGCUGCAAAUCCCUAAAUAUUUUUCUUACAUAUUUUUUUUCUCUCCUGAUAUUAUGUAUGUAGUAGCCAUGUAAUGUAAAUAAAAUACAGAAUUUAA